AUAUGAUGCACAUAUACACAUUCUAGCUUCAACGUUUCCUUCAACUUCUUACAACAUUUCAGUACUUUUUUUUUUUAAUUUCCUUAAAGACAAAAUGAAGGGACCUAUGUUCUGCGCUUCACAAGCAUCAACAGCCAUAUGUUCAAGCAUGGACCACAUUCACAAACCAACCACCGCCACCGUCGCUGCCGACAAGGACGACAAAAGCAGCGGCCGAGCUAUAGACCGCCACAACCCCAUCAUCAAAGAUGGUCGGAGAUCCUCUGUGGACGACUACAUAAGAAUACCUGCUUCUCCCGCGGAAGGAGAGAUCAGUAGUAACAAGACACUAGAGGUCUACAAGGGAAGGAGGAGCUUCACUGGCCGUAAAAGCACCGGCGGUGGAGGUGGAGCGGCGGCUUUGUUGAAGUUUAUAACAAGUGACAUCAGCUUGGCGAGGAAGAGUUUUAGCUGUGUUGCGAGACCCGCAUGUGAUCUUACUAAAACUCCUCCUGGUUCUACAAGGUAUCUUUUGGGAUCCGACCCGGUUUCUCUUACCGGGUCUGCCGGUCAGGAUCAGGUUAAGGAGGUAGCUGGUAGUCCUAGACUUCCUCCUAGUGAAGAGAUAAAGCCGGUGGUGUCAUUGAUGGAAGAGAAGUCUUGUGGUGGUGGUGAUGGCUCAGACCAGGAGGAGAAGAAGCAGGUCGAUGUUGUUCUCAAAGUGUCUCUCCACUGCAGAGGCUGUGAAGCAAAACUUAGGAAACAUCUGUCCAGAAUGCAAGGGGUGACAUCAUUCAACAUAGAUUUUGCUGCAAAGAAAGUGACAGUGACAGGAGACAUCACUCCCUUGGAAAUAUUGGAUAGCAUCUCAAAGGUUAAAAAUGCUCAGUUUUGGACUACUCCAACUCUCCCCCCAUUGCCAAAUCUUCAAACUCCAAAUCCUUAAUUUACCUUUUGUUUUACUGCCUUACCUCCCUCUCUGUUGUUGUGAAACCAGUCGGUAAAUUUUCGGAAUUUACCGCACCUAUCUUCCACUAGAGUCCCACUUUGAACUUUGUGAUAUAACUCAUCAACACAGCUGAAACUCUAUAUCCAACAACAUCUUAUGAAUUGUGAUAAUUUAAACUUGUUAGAAACGUUUGCAUUAUUUUCAUAAAUGUUUUAGUAUAAGUGAUAGCUUAUGUAACUCUUAUCACAAACUCAGCUAUGAAUUCAUCUAUCAACAUUUCUUCAAUCUCCUUACCUAUCACUUCAAUGCCAUCUUCCAAGCUUGGCAACAGCAUCUCCUUUGUAUCUCUACUUUGUUUCAUGUGUUUUCUAGUGACAAGCUCUAGCAGAGUUUCAUGUAUCCUGCUUAUAUCCCAUUUUGGGCUGAUCUUUGUUGGUUUGAGAUCAGUGAACUGCUCGAAGAACUCGAGAAUCUCACUGUUGAUCCAAUCAAAAACGAACUUUCUUU